AAAAGGUCAGGGGUCCAUUGGCAACGUACGUGCUAAAUCAGCACCCUAGAAGCUAUGAGGAUGACUUUAGUAAGUUAAGUAUUGAUGUCCAUUUCAUUGCUUUACUAUAUUCAAUUGUUAUUUGCUUGAAUACAUGCAUCAGGGAGAGAAUAUACAAACAAUAUUUAAACUGAAAGGUUUUAGCUGUUGUGAUGUGCCAAAUGCCGGUGAUUAAAUUAUCGACCGGUAGCGCUGUUAACAAUAGAUAAGACAGACUUCGGCGUCUCUGCAGUGCUUGAUUGACGUAUGGAAUCCUCACAUGACCGGUCUGUAUAAGAACUAGCCAUAUAGAUGGACUGAUGAGGUAAAACUGACAGAAAGAUGAACACACACUUUGGACUCCCGCACUUGCUAUUUUGGCAGGCGUACCAUUUCUGUAAUUGGAUUUCUGCUGUUCCAUUAGAUAAACCAACAACCACUUCCGAUUUGCUUGGAAGUUCUUUGCAGACCAGGGUUGAUUUAUCUUCCAUCAAACACAUCCAGGACCUUAGAUCCAUAAACGGAAAUUAUUCCGCGGGAGUUACUAUUGCCACUUUAGAAACUCACGAUUUACUUACUGAAGCAAAUAAUGCAAAUCGAAACCCGAAGGUAUCGAAUGAACUAUCGAUGACAGAAUCAACAGAUAAUAAAAGUGAAAGUAUUCCACAUGUAUAUAAAUAUGGAAAUCCAAAGGAAAUUAAUAUUCAAACGUCGAUGAAAACACCAUCUGACAAAUUACUAGAUCGAAUUCUUCGUAAUGAUAAAUCAACAACUCAGAUUUACAAUGAAAUACACUUCUUUCAAACAGCAAAGGCAGAAACAGAAACCAUAUCAUCUGAAAACGAGACAACAAUCGAAAAUGGAACACUUGCAUCUAUCCAACCUGCACUAAACGUUUCUCUACAUUCAAAUGAAAGCAUCAGUAGCACAAAUGCUGUGAACACUACAGUUCCUUUAACAAUUAAUUCUACAACAGAAGGAACAACAACAAAAAACCCGACAAACAUGACCAUCAGAGUAUUAACAACAGGAAAUGACGUCAGAGAGAAUAUGACGACAACGCAUACUGUGAAAUCUGCAGAGCAGACGACACACGAAUAUCACCAACUUCAUCCGUUUACGGGCUUUGCUGAAAACGUUCCUAUUCGACCAAGAUAUCCCAAACACAACAAUCACCAUCUUAAUCUUGUGCCUAUGGAAGACAGCCCGUUUGGAAAUCUUUUAUGGAAGGAUAAGAAAUACUUGAUGAGUGUGCUGGUGCCUAUCAGUAUUGGAAUAGUGGGAGCUGCGUGUAUCAUUGGUAUGGCCUACAUAGCUCGCUACUGUUACAGGAACGAGAGACAAAUACAAAUGAUGAAAGAAAGAAUCACCCAGACCCAGGAAACGCGCACUGACAAUAUUGUUCUUCUGGAUGAUUCUGAUGACGAGUUUUAAAAUGAAAUCGAGAUAUUGGACUGAUCAGCUGUUUGACUAAUUACAAAGCGGUGCCCAACAAAUGUGAUUGUUGAGCGCUGACAGAUCCUGCUGCCGUGAAAUCGGUGAAGAACUGUUGUAAAUAGAAAGGCAAUCAGCUGCAGGAAUUGUCUCCUGAACUCAAAGGGAAGAAAGUAAUUACAUGCAUUGUCUCCUGUAUCUUGAUUCAUGUGGACGAAUCUCUCUCUCUCUCUCUCUCUCUCUCUCUCUCUCUCUCUCUCUCUAACACACACAGACAAACACAUUAUUAUUUCAUAAUAAUAUUGAUGCGAUUGUUUUGUGUCCACUCAAAUUCUUUUACACAGUUUCUUCAGAAAAUGCUGUAGAUUUUCAAUCGCAAUUGUCAUAUAUGUGAAAAGAAGACUUCAUAUUCAAGAAUUCAUACGUCACUUCGCCUGUGUUAUCAAGUUCUUUCAAUGUUGUUGUAUAUUUUGUUACUUGUUUUUACUUAUAUUACAAUAAAAUAGUUUUUUUAA